ACAAUUUAUAUCCUAGCCUGAUGAGUGGUUUGAUACGUUUUAGUAUCAAGAUUUUGCAAUGCAAAGGCUCAAUCUUGCGAUUAUAAAUUGGUGACGUUAUGGAGCUGAAAGUAUGGGUAGAGGGUAUACAGCGUAUUGUAUGUGGUGUUACAGAAACCACUACAUGUCAGGAUGUAGUAUAUGCUCUUGCCCAUGCUACAGGACAAACAGGUAGAUUUACUUUGGUGGAAAGAUGGAGGUCAAAUGAGCGUCUCUUAGCUCCUUAUGAAAAUCCUCUGAAGAUUUUAAUGAAAUGGGGAGAAUAUUCGUCAGAAGUACAGCUUAUAUUAAGGCGCUCCACACCAGACAGCAAUAAAGCUCCUAGUUCGUUAGGAACACGUUUGAACCAUGGUCCACGUUUAAACGGUGUGGUCAACUCAGCUUUGGAGCAUGCCACAACUCCCACUAGUGGCCAGGAUGAAACUAAGAACAGCACAACUUCAAAUUCCGAAUUUGAUGAUUUCCAAGGGUGUCUUGAUAGAAAUCGUGACACCAGAAAAUCAUUAACAUUUGGGGGGUUGCAUGGAAAUGUCAUGGAAAAUAAUACAGAAAUUCAGAUGGAAAACGUUGCCAUAGUUCAACCCACGCCUCAUUUAAAAAAUAAAGAAUUGAACAUGAGGAAAAACGUACAAAAGGCGGCACAAUCUCCCACUCGUGCUAGCAGCAGCGAAAGUAACACCCAUGUAUCACAAAAGAAAGUCCGCGAAGUUCCCCCAUAUAGGGAUCCUCCAGGUCCAGCUUCUCCACCAUUAAGAACUCUACCACCAUACAGGGAUCCUCCACCCCCAAACUUAAAUAGUCCUGGAAGAUCACAGUUUCAGUCUAGUACAAAUAGUGGAAGUCCUCAUCUUCAUAAGGAGGAUCAACCAUCUUCUAGUAACUCUGUCAAGCUAAAGAGGAACCUCAUCCAGGAGUUUCAGGAUACGAAGGGACAAACUCAAUCUGUCAAUCAAUUAUCUGGUCAAACUCAAAAUAUGGUCACCGUUGUUUACACUCAACGAUACGUUGAACUCAUCAGACUAGUCAAUAAGCAACGUGAUACUAUUAAUGCACAGCAAGCAGAUCUUACUAAAUUUGAUGCUGAAAUAUUAUAUUGGGAAACUAAGAAUAGAGAGCAAAUGCAUCAGAUGGAUUAUAUUUCCCAAGAGGUAAGCCGUAUGGAGUCUACUGGUCGUCUCAUCGAAGAACAGUUAAAGGAACUAGCGCAUGUAGAAGAGGAGAGUGAAAUAGUCAGACAACAGGAGAAAACUUUGAAGUCAGAAAUUACUCUGUUAAGAUCGAAACUUGCAAACUGUGAAACAGAAUUGCUUCAGUGUAAAAAUAAAAUCAGAUUAGUUAUGGAGGAACUCGCCAUAGAACAACACAAUAUAAGUCGCGAAACAGAUGAAAGACAAAUAAUGGAACGUAAAAUCAUUAGCGAAGUUGAGCAUCUUCAAAAUGAGGUAGAACAAGCUAAACGUUCUGCAGAGUUAGCUUCGCAAUGUGCAGAAUCAUUAAAACUUGAAGUAGUAAGUUUGGAGUCGGCCAUUGUUGAAAAAAAAUUGCAAGUGGAACGACUGGUGGCUGAUAUGAAAGAAGCUAAUUUGCAAAGUCUAGCUGUUGCUUGCCAAGACGAACAAGUCAAGUCAUUAUUGGAAGGUGCACAUAAGCCUGGCAGUACACGAAAAAUGAUAGGCUCUCCGAGACAAUUAGAGACUGCAGUACCUACCAGCAAAAAUCCACACGGUGUCUGGGUAUAAGCGUAUAUUAAGUCAAUGUAUUUUAAUAAGUCAAACAUAACAAUUUCCGUUCUUAAAACAUUUUGUACAGAGAUAUGUGCUGCGUGCACAUUUAGUAAGAACACUGCAAGCAAAGAAAGUAUUCUCCUUUUGUAUCGUUUAUGAACACAAUUUAUAGCUGUUCGUUUCAUUCA